AUGUAUUCACCUCACGGUGCUCCACUGGGUCCCCCACCUCGUCGCACUCAACCCACCACGUCCCAACCCUCCGGCUCUACGAAUGGGACACGGAUUUACAGCAUGGAACUGGUGCCCCCUGCUCCGGGAAGCAACUUUUCUCAAAUGGCGAGCCUAUAUCUAUUCGUCUGGGACAAUCGAAUGCUGAUUUUACGUUUGAAGUUUGCAGCCGACAUGAGCCGCAUGGGUGUCCUCGCCAUGCUGUCCAUUGUAAAUUAUUCCGUGGACACGAUCGCUUCCUCCGUCUCUGCUUUGAACGUGUCCUCGAGUCAUGGCGAGGUCUCUGGCAGCCCUGUUACACAGAGCUAUCCCCGGGAUAAGUCGUUCGAUAAUCCACAGGGCGACGCUGGGCAUUACCACGAUGGUCAGAACAAGUUCAGUCUCGACCCCACCCGGUUCCGUCCGACUCUACAUCAGGCCGCUGUUUUCACGCCGAUCUUUCGCGGGAGCAUGCAUCCUGGAACUACUCCUGCGCAAGCGUCGAGCUUGCGUCGCGCCCCGGAAAGCGUGGGUCAGCAUGUCGCCCACACCGGCGGUCAAAACGCGACUCCCGAGCAAGGCGCUACGAGGUCGAGAAGCCACCACUAUCCAACAGCCGAUGCGCAAGAGCGUCCUGGUCGCGAGACUGACCACAAAUUUCUGCGACGCGCUGGCCCCACCCCCUCGGAUAACCGUCCCCAACCGGCCCCGCGCGGGUCCGAUCGUGCGCCGCGCGCGAGUCAUCGCGCGAGCAGUCAAGCUCCGGCUGCAGCUCCCAGUGGUGCCCGCUUUGGACGUCGGGCACCGGAUUCCAUGCUCAAUUUCUUCAAUCGCAUUCUUCCCCAUCGUCGCUCAAGCAGCAAUGAUCGCGACCACGAGCGUUCGGGGACGGGUCAUCGCUCGGGCAGCGUAUCGCGCGCUCAGGAGGGAAUUUCGCGUCCGUUUCGUCUCCCAGCUAGUCGAACCCCGGAUGCUGUUCCCGCGAACGCGCGCGGCGUACGGGACGGCCGGGACUACGAGCGUUCGGGCACGGGCCAUCGCUCAAGCAGCGUGCCUCCCAGAGACGCUGUCGAAGUGCGGGGUCGUCGCCAGUCCCUUGAAACGCAUGAGCGUUCGGAUAUACACCAUCGCUCAGGCAGCGUACUCCGUGGAUACGAGGGCCAUUCAGGCAGGGCGCCCCCGCCGGGUGCUCCUCCCACAGACGUUGCUGGUACACGGGACUCCAGUCAUAGACGCCACGACACACGCCACUACUACGAACCCUCCGGAACGGGCCGUCACUCGGGUAGUAAAUCCCAACGCGUUCCUCCCGAAGACACUCCUGAAGUGCGGGGCAGUCCACAGUCUGAUACGCGCGGCUGCAGCUACUAUGAGCGGCGUCCGGAUACACGCCAUAGUUCUGGCGAUGUACUAGCAGGACAACGGCGCGGCGGCUACGGUGGAGAUUCGCGUUUGGAUCUUCAGCCAACCAGCGCCAUUCCCCCCGGUGCCGCUUCGUCAAGAGACGUUUCGAACAUGGUACGAGAAAACCAACACCAAAACACGAGCAAGCCACACCACAUUCAAUCACCGGUCCUUCGAGGGGAGCCUGUGCCUCAACAUGCGGAGUUCACCCUCCUUCCUGAAGGGGUUCUGAACCAGCCUUCCCUCCAUGCCUACAUGCUCAUUUGUGCGUUUCCGCAGCCCUCCAGCAUCGACCCAAAGGAUCUCAACAGAUACGCCGAUAGAGUCAUGUUGGGGCGCGAUAAGAAGCCCGGUGAAAGGCGCAUGCACCUCAUCUUUGACACGGGUUCCACAGAUUUAUGGUUCCGUGGAUCUUGGGGCGGACACUUGCUGACCGCAGUCAAGCCCAGCGAUCUUCACAAGCAUAUGAGUUUUCACCAACUCGUUUCGAGCGCCGGCACCCGGCCCGGCAACCGGGCUGCGAUCCACGAGUCCCUCCAAAAUCACGCGCACCCUCCCGGUACCUUGGAUCGCGUACCACAUGUCAAAUACGGUGUGGCUAUCUAUGGACUAGAUUACAGCAGGUCAAGAUGUGCGCGACUCAGAAAUGCUUCGAAUAUACGCAGCACAAUACGGAAGCUGCUCCUGGGAGACAUGACCGGAUACGGGUUGUGGGUGUACAUCGACAUGUUCUACAACGAGAGGACACAAUGCGGCGAAAAAGGAAUCAUCUCAGUCAAUGGGUUCCCGCACCUCGUGGGAAACGACUUUUGGAGUGAUAUGAUACCUCGCUGCCCCCGCUUUCCGGAAUAUGGAUGGGUAUUUCAGGUUAUCUCCAUAAGAAUACUGUGGAAGCGCAACGGCCACCACCGAGCUCAGAGUCCGACGGAGCUUCUAAGCCUAGAGGAUUGCCGACAUGGAAUAUCUGUUCUUUUCGAUACAGGGAGUGCGCUUUCAUAUCUGCCACGAAGCGUCUCUGAGUGCCUACGAAAAUUCUGGGGGACUUCCAGUGCCAACAGUGACCUCCCUCGCUUUCCCCAGAGUGAGGAGCUGGAUAACACUCGAAGCUCGCCUGAAACUCUUGCUCGUGCCCGUGAAACUUUGGAGAAAUUCUCGCGCACCGGCCCAUAUCGUAUCCCGAAGGAACACACGCUGGACCCGGAGUGUGUGGAGAUUACCUUCAGAGGUCCGUCUGGUGGUCAACCCAUCCGUGUACGCGGUCCGGCGUUUCCUUUCCUGGCUAUGGAUCCGAAGCCAGAGGACAAUCGUACUCCAAGGCAGGGCGUGCUACUUCCUCAUCCUUACCCGCAUCACGGGAUUUUCAUUUUUGGCUUGGAUUUCUGA